AAGUACGAAAGAACUCAGAGCUAUCAGUUCAAUCCUCCGACUUCAAUGGCAGUUUUUCAGUUGCCAAGUUUGUCGCCGGAGAUUUCUCUCCGUUUUACUCCAAGACCACUCGAUUUUUCGAAUCGUAGGAGAACUACCUUAUUCCGGCCAUUGUCAGCGAUCGGUGAUUCUGGAUCCAGUGAACCAGAUUCAGAGUCGCAGAACCGGAUGUUCAUUCUCGGGAUGGGAUACGUCGGAGGUUUUUUUGCACAGCAGCUCAAAGAAGCAGACUGGCUGGUUUCAGGGACUUGCAGGAGUGAUACGAAGAAGAAAGAAUGGGAAAAGAGAGGAAUUGAUCUUAAUCUAUUUUCUGCAGAUUCACCUGAAUUGAGCUUGAUAGAUUCAGUGAAAGAUUACACUCACCUGCUCAUUUCUAUUCCUCCUUCAGCAGGCAUUGGUGAUCCGAUGUUGCGGAAUGUAGAACUUGUCAGAGACAAGCUUUCCGGUGGAAAUCUUCAGUGGGUUUGUUAUCUCUCAUCAACAAGUGUGUAUGGAGAUUGUGGUGGUGCUUGGGUCAAUGAAGAUCAUCCCCCAAAUCCUAAAACUCAGUCAGCCAAGCUGAGGUUAGCUGCAGAGGAAGGAUGGUUAAGCUUAGGUCGUGAUCUAGGUGUUUCGACUCAAAUCCUUCGACUUGGAGGUAUCUAUGGACCUGGUCGAAGUGCGAUUGAUACCUUGUUAAAGCGGGAGCGCUUGUCUGAAGGUCAAAAGAAAAGAGCGUCCCGCAAAUUUACGUCUAGAGUCCAUGUUGAAGAUAUAUGCCAAGCUCUUCAAGCUGCCACUGAAAAGCUACCAUCAGGGGAAAUCUACAAUGUCGUCGAUGAUGAUCCGGCACCAAGAGAAAAGGUGUUUGAAUAUGCCUUGGAGUUGAUUGAAACACGUUGGCCAGGGACUAUUGAAACAAAACCAUUCCCAUUUGUUUAUGAGUCUCGGGAGGAGAGUUCAUUGAGAGGCGAAAAACGGGUCCGUAACGAACACAUGAAGAAUAAACUAGGAGUGAAAUUGCUACAUCCUUCGUACAAGUCAGGAUUGCAAAGCAUAAUCGAAAAGAUGGACAACCCUUUUUGAUUGAAGAACAAAGCAAAAUUGCUGUGCAGAAUACAUCUUAUGUUUUCUGUAGAGAAUUAGUACAGACUAAUGUAGCUUAUCCUGUUUUUUUUCCUGCAUUCUCCCAAAUGACACGUUUGUUUGAUUGUUUCAUUGGUAAACAUAAUCCCCAAACAGAAUAAAACAAAAGAGGGAUGCAAAAUGUUAAGGGCA